CCUUUCUCCCUCGGUUGUGGGAAAGCAACCUUCCAAUUCCAUUUUAAACAGUCGAUCCCCUUCAGUAAAGUCGUUCUGCAUUCUGGUCUUAGUCUCGCUGUCCUUGAAACCCAAAGAUGCAGAAUGGGCCACCAGUACAUCAGAGAGGUAUCAGGUAUUUGGUCGUCUGCUAUGUGGACGUGUGUGGUAACGUUGGCCAUCAAUUCGUUACAAUGAUCAGCACGUAAAUUAAAUGGUGGACUUAGUACGCCAUGAAGAAGCAGAGGUGCAAUAUUUUGUCCAAAGUGGAAACCGGUUUUUGAAGAUUAUUCAAUCAUUCAUUGCAAAGUCUGUGCGAGAGGAAAAGCUUACUCAAAAGAAAGGAAGAGCGUGCUUCAAAGAGGUAUUGCAUAAAAUAUUAUUUUGUGGGCACAUUAAUAUUCCUGUUAUUAAUCCGGAAGAAAUGCUCGAUCAUCGAGAAAUUCAGUUAUUAUCUGAAAAGUAUCCAGAUGUCUUUCAGAAAUACAACACCCAUCUCCCAAAACGUCCACCUUAUGCAGUGCUACUUGAUGCAGUUGUUAAAAUCACAGGAACAAAUAUAAAUGAAGUUUUGAAAUGUCUAACGGACCUAAACUAUCAGAUGCUUGUGAAAUUUACUGGCACCAGUUCUAACAAAUUGGGAAACACCUUUCCAUCAGAAGUUAUCAGCUGCUGCUGCCUUUGGGAUGUUACUACCAGAGGAAAAACAGACAAUUAUUUUGGUACCUUAUUGUCACUUAGAGGAAGGCAGCAGAAAGAAAUUAUGAUUGAUAUAUUGUGCUGUCAAACCUGGCAUCAAUACAUUAGCCUGGGAGUAAGUAUUUACAAAACAUUUAAUAAAACACCAGGCAGUCAGCAUGAUCUCCCCUCAGCGGUUCAGCCAUACAGCUCUCAUGAAAGUUCAUCUUAUAAAAGUUGCUCUGAUAUGAUAUAUAUCAAUAAUAGUCCAUAUUUUGAAUUUGGCAUCUGUCCUGAGUGUGAAUGUCUAAGCCAGCUUCUCUACACUAACCAGCAAGUUGUUGAGAAAUUAGAAUGCUUAGACAUAGGCAUUUUAAUGUAUUUCGAGGAGGUGACUAAUUCAAAUCAUGAAAGACUUAAACAAAAUCUCAAAUCAUUAGGAUUUAAUGUGGGAUAUCAUCUGGAGUUUUAUGAUCCAAAUGAAUAGUGAUUUCUACACUGCAGAGAUUCCAAUACUGAACUCAAAUUAUACCAAUGUGUUUUACAUAAAGCUGUAAAUGACGAAUCAAGCUGAUGUAUGUAGCUGUGGAGUUUUACACUAUUGUCUGUAAGGUACAAUGUAUUGGACAGUAAAUUGAAGACAGACUUUAAAGAUAAGUUUGAGUCCCAUGUUUGACAGCACAAAUUGUUUGCUUUCCUAUGGCCUAGUCCAUCAAAGUACAGCUGCCCAGAUAUGCAUUGCACAUCCUGCAGGCAGGCAGUUUGGUAAUUGACCAAACCUUAAUUUUAAAAGAUGUAAACAUUGAGCACAGAUAAAAUUUUGUUUUUAAAACUGCCAAUAAAUUUCUAUCCUGGAAUUGUGAAGUGUUAUACAAUGUAUUGCAUAAAAUCUGUUUUUAUCUUUUAUGUGAAAUGUAAGAAUUAUGAAUGUUCACUUCUUUAAAAAUGACACAGAACAAUAUGUAUAAAACAAUUUGUUUAGA